GGUCCGGGGCGGAGGGUUGAGGUAGUGAAUGUGGGGAAUUGACCUGCCAGCCUCACAGCUGUGGGUGCGAGAUAAUGACGUCACGUGGUCGGAUGAAAGCCCGAGAGGAAGAUGACCGUGAUGACGAAGAGCACCAGCGGUAUGAUUAUCACCAUAACAUUUGUCUUCAUGUGCAUCAUAAAGAGCCAUCUAUUCUUCAUCAGUAGUUUAAACAAACUACACGUCUAGCCCGACAUCACAUUAGAGAGAGACAAAACAAGCGUAACACGUGAAACACAUUUCACAACGUGAGUAUUGGUUGCGCAGUUUUACCACAAAUGACUUAAACGUAGUUGAAUCAUCUCAAACUGCGAAAGUAGUUCAACUGCCUGAAAAUGAUAGCAAACUGUAGUAUACUUUACGGUGAGAGGUCCAAGCGGCUGUUCCGAUCCUGGCCUGCGGUGGCAGCAGCGAGCGCUCUCCGCUGCGACGCUGCUCAGGAGAAGAAGAAAGAACCCAACUCUGCUCGAAUGUAAACAAACAGUGUCGAAGGAAGCAGACGCAGAUCUGAGAUCGCCCUCCGAGACCUCUCAAGACAAUGAAGCAGACGCGGACGGAACCAGGGGCGACGUUCUGAUUGACCACACGACCUCCUGCUGGUCUCUAACCCCCAGACACCACCAGUCCAGCUCACCUGGUUCAGAAGGUCCGUCCAGUUUGGUCCCGCUGGUGAGAAUGGCGGGUCACGGGGGCGGAAGAGGACGGCGGAUGAUGAGCUUCAGCGUGGAGGCUGUUGGCAUCAACCGAGGAGAGAGUUUACCUCCUUCUAUCCAGCAGCCCACGCCUCUGUUUCCACUGAUGGAGCACAAGCCCCUCCCCCUGACUGAGGGAGAGGAAGCAGAGUACCUGCUGGCACUCAAACAGGAGUUCAGAGGAACCACCAGGAGUCUCCCUACUUUCAUCCACCCAGCUGCCACCAAGAGAGAUGUGGAGCGCUACUCAGACAAGUAUCAUGGCAGCGAACAAACCGACCGGCUGAGAGACGCUAUCCCGGACUGGACCAGGUUCCCCAGAGAAGUCCGGCCGUACCUGCGGAGGCUGAAGCGAGCGGCUCCAACCACCAAGCCCACAACCAAGGCAGCUGAGCCGCUCCUAAAGAAGACGAGAACCAAGGACAAGGAGGACGUUCUCCUCCAGCUGGAGACACUGGAGAAGAAAGAAGAGCAGCAGAGCGACGAGGACGAGGCGGACGGCAACGAAGAGGGAAAGAAGCAGGAGGAGGAGGGAGCGGAGGCUGAGGAGGAGUAUGACGAGGAAGAGUUUGAAGAGGAGACAGACUACAUCAUGUCUUACUUCGACAAUGGAGAGGAGUUUGGAGCAGAAAGUGACGACAACAUGGACGAGGCAGUUUACUGACGUACAAGUUUGAACCAGUUUUACCCUGAAGUUGUUUUAAAGUUUCUACCUGCUUUUAUACGACGUGUUUGUCGGAGAAAUAAACUCCACUUGUUUACACACCAAUAGCUCUUGUCCA